AUGGACUCAGACAUAUCGCAGGACAUCGUCAUUGAGAGGGACGAGAGGGGGCAUUUUCAGGCGCGUGUGGAGCACUGGCGGCGAAUGCGCGGGAUUCGACCGAGCGAUGGCCCGCCACUGUCAAGGCGCCUGCUUGGCCGGAGCAAGAUAAGAUACUUAAGGAGAGCAGGGCAUCCUCACGUCGCCGCGCGGCCCAAUUCUACCCACGCUACUCUCUACCUUAGACGGCCACUGACCGAAGACGUCGACUCACUAGACCUUUCCAAUAUGAACGCAACUCCUCGAUUGGACGACGACAUCCUGCACCUAAUACUCCCGUACAUCAACCCGUCCAACCUGGCCAUGACCUCUUCACACAUGUACCGACUCGCAUUCUCUUACUGCUUUACGGAGGUUUCCAUAGAAGUCGACUCAAGAGGGAAAUCACAAGCUGAAUUCCUCCUCCAACGAGACCCACUCUUGAACACGGUCCGCGCCUCGAACAUCCGCCGCCUUCUCGUGUUCGGUAGCCACGACGAGACGAUGAUCCACUUCACCACGCAUAUUUUGCCUGUGCUUCAACACUCCGCAGUGAAGUUGCGCUACUUGAGGGUCGGAACUUCCUACACAGACCCGGGGUUCGAGCGCGAUCCUGGCUUGCUCGCCACGAUUACGACCAUGCCUCAGCUCACCUCGCUGGACCUCUCCCUGGAUCUGACGCUUUUCUCCCACUUGUCCAAUUUCCCUGUCGACACCGUCAUCGAGACUCUUUUUCUCGCAUUCUCAAGCCCAAGAGACGGUCUCGGCCGCGUCACGUUCUCAGCUUUUGUCACAACCCUCGCCCGCUUCCCCCGUCUGCGCGACCUCAAGGUCUGGGGAGUGGACAAGUUGCUCCUCAGUCCAGUCGAUACCAUCGCACCGCCCGGACUUCCACCCCUCCCGAACCUGGUCAGUCUUUCCCUCUGUGUCCGCAGCACCGUCGCACUCCCGCUGUGCCCGCUGUGCCCGCGCCUCUCCUCCCUGCGCUGCGAAAGUGGCCAGCUCGACCUCCUCGCUGUCCCCUCGGACGACGAUCCAUACACCGGCCCGCGGUGGCCCCCGAUCCGCUCCCUCUCGCUGUCCCUCCCUCAAGGCGCACCGCUGCUUUCACAUUUGCCGGUCGCGCGCCGCGUGGCCUCGGGCUCUGCGGGCGUCGCGCGGGUGCACAUCGAAAGCUGGAGCGCCGAUGCGCGCACGCUCGACGCCGUGCCGGGCGGGGUGUACUCCGGGCUCCCCGAGCUGCUCGCGGAGAUGAAGCCCAUCGCGCUCGUCCUCGACGUCUCCCUUCCUACCGCGCCCGCGCCCGCGCCGACGACCCCCACACUCCGUCCCGAACGAACGUGGCAGGCGAUCGCUGCCGCACCACUCCGGCUGCGCUCCCUCGACCUUACCAUUGUCGGGCACACGCCCCCAGAUGAUCACGGGCCCAUAGUCCCGGGCGUGCUGUGCACCGCGCUCGCCGGCCUGCCCCUCGUGCACCUCGCGAUCGAAGAGCGCACGCGCUUCAUCGGCGCAAAGCGCUCCCUGACCAUUGCGACGGAGGUAUCGCGCAUCCGCCGGCUGCUGGGCGCGCCGCGCGCGCUCGUGGACGCGCUCCCGACGGUGCGCGUGGUGCUGGUGCGCGGGGCGUGUUGGGCGUUGCUGCCGCUCCGGAUGAAGAAUCCGCAGUCGUCCUUCGUCUGCUAUUGGACUCCGGUGUCACCUGGUGACACCGUUCGGCUCCCCUCCUCCUCCUCCCUCGACCUCAACCUCGACCUCCAUGCCGUCCUUCGCCCACUUUGCCGGCUGCGUCCACACCGCGGGAGGACGUCCAUCCGGACGUCCUCAGCAUGGAGAUUGGAAUUAGGGGGCCGCGGCGAUGUACCGUGGCCCUUGUUUUGGCCCCCCCUCCUUCGCCUAGUCCCGGCCCCCCGCGUCCGCGUCUGCGCUCCUCCUCCACGCUCCUCCUCCUCCGCGUUGCCCGCCUCCUCCGGCUCGUCCACUUCCGCCCGCGCCGCCCUCCUCUGCCUCCGCCUCCUCCCGCGAGCCCUCCGCGUCGCCCUCUGCGCACCUUCUCCGCACGCGCCGCCCUCCUCCGCCGACGUCGCCUCCUCCGCUCGCGUCGCCCGCCCUCGGUGCUCUGCGCCUCCUCCCCCUUCGCACCGCACACCCCCGCCCGCGUCGCCCACCACCUACUCCGCCUCGUCCCGGCCCUCCGCGUCCCUCCACGAGCCCUCCGCGUCCCUCCGCGAGCCCUCCACGUCGCUCUCCUCUGCGUCGCUUGCCUUCGCGUCGCCCGCCUCCGCGUCUCCCGCGUUCACGUCGCCCACUCGCCCACCUCCUCCGCCUUGUCCCGAGGGGCAUGGUGUUACUUACUAG